UGUGUCUUUGAGAUAGGAAGUGUGACCUCUUUAUUGUUGACUCUUUGCAAGUCGUGUUUUGUCUUACCAGAGUCAGUCCAAAUCUUUCGUCCGAUUCACCGAUACGACGACGACUUUGUGAAAACGGAAGACCCGAGCAAACCUCUUCCAGACGGGAGAUGUUUGCUACAGCGACCAGAAACUUCGUGGAGGAAGUGGACCCUGGAGGUGUGUUGAUCCCAAUGAGAAGCCUCAAUGACUCCAUCACUUUGCUCACUGUGGUCGCAAGGCAGAAACGUGUGUGGUUCUGGCAGAAGCCCAAACAUCUCCUAACUGACUUCACUCUCAAUGACAUCCUCACAGGAGACGCCAUCACCCCAGAUGUAACAGAGACAGACUUCAUCAAAUACGACGGGACGUACGGUGACAACAUUCAAGGGACGGUGGAUGCACAUUUCAUCCAAUCCAAUAUGAACAUGGAGGGCAAAGACUCUUCCAAACUGCAGUCGUCAUUUGGCAGUUUGAAGAAGAAUGAAGUGGAUGUCCAAAAGCUGCUCAAAGACUCUAAAAACAGGAUCCUGGACAUGUCCCAUUGUCUGAUCCAGCAGACCAGGAAGAAGCGUCAGGUGUUUGGCAUCGUGAAGGAGCGCAUUGUGACCAGCCAGCCUUGUUAUGUCAUAGAGGAGGUGCAGCAGACAGGACAGUGUGCGGGGACAUUCAGCCUCUGUGGACCCAAGAGUCCAAAGGUUAUACUGAAAGACAAUGGCAGCCUGAGCAAAGACAGUAACAUUUCCAUGGAGAUUCCCACUAACACCACCCUGGCCUAUGCCCUCAUUGAGCUCGAGGUCAAGCAUGACGGUCGCUAUGAUCUCUGUCUGAUGUCAAACAUCAAGGGGGGCUUCGAGGUGGACAGUCCUUCUGAAAAAGUACCGCUGAGUGUCACCGCCGCUUCUGUGCCAAACAACUCUGAAGUCAACCGUCUCAGGCAGGAAGUGGACCAGCUGUGUGGUAAUUUCCAGCUGCUCUCAUCUCUUCCUGCUGCCACCAAGUCAUCUCUGCUGCAGCACAUCACAGCCGUCCUGGGGGACAGAACAGCUCUCAGUGGUCUUCAGAGCGCGCUGGACCAGAUGCUCCUGGGUAAGAGCGCCAACAUGGCGGAUGUACCAGCGGCACACAAAGACAACAUUCAGGCUGUACUGGACGUCCUGGGAGAGUCAGCUGAGACAGAGCUCACAGCAUUUCACCUUGUUAUCAGUGCUUUGGACGAGCUAACAAGUGAUUGUCUCGCUGCACUGAGAGUCUGUUGCACUUCUCAUGUGUUGAAAAUCCUGGAACUUUUGGUGCGAAGCGUAUCAGCAAGCAGGGAGUCACCAGCGAGCAGCGUUGACCUGGCUGCUCUGGCAGACCACGUCUUGUACAGCAUUGAACAUCUGUUCGCUUCCUCUAACGUGACCCUGAGGAGAGACGGUGACACAUUGAGGACAGAAAUAAAUCAUCAGCAGGGUAACCGUCCUCUCAUUAUGUGUAUCGCUCUCAGAGGCCUCUACUCACUGGCCCACUGAGUUUGACCUACAAACUCCUCUUUAAGCUCUGAAAUACUCAAGACCCUUUUGCUGCAAAACAUUUUUGUGGUAAAUAACUUUUGUUUAGGCUACUUAAGUACAACGCCCUUCACUUUUUAACACAUGAUUUGUGUGUAAAUGUUUUAUCAAUGUCAUUGUUCAUUUUUAAAUGAUCAAAAUUAUUUGUUCCUGCAUUAACUGUCACACUCCCAAUUAACCAGUUAGUGGAAUCAUUGAAAUAUUUAUAUUCUAACCUCAAUUUAACAUGUUAUAUUAUUGCUUUCAUUGUAAUGUAUGCUCUUUCUCAUUCCACACUGAUUGGCUGAUAGAAAUCACAAGGUUUGACUGCCUUAUGAGUUCUGUUGAAAUUAAGCCUCAUUCUGGAUCAAGCAAAAAAUGUAAUGGCCUGUUUUAUUCCUAACUACAUUUCUUUGUAUUUUUUACCAUCUCGUCCCAAUCCUUGUAUGUUUAUAAAAUAUGGAAAAAAAUGUCUAAUUUAAGUCAAAAUGUUUUUAAUAUAAAAAACAGCACAGUUUAAUAGAGAAAAACAAUUGACAUCUUGAAAAUACAUUUCUCUGAAAAAAGUAAAAUUCACUAAAUAUGAUUGUUUUAAAUUACAAUUUUUAAUCAGAUCACAUCAAAAGGGACGGUUUAAUGAGGCGCAGCACCUUGUUUAAAACUUCUUGUAGAACAUUAAGUUUUAACCUAAUGCAGCGCCACAUGGAAGGUUGGACUCACACACAGAUGAUCUACAUGGAUGAGACUAGUGAACACAUUAGUUUCACGUCUUCCUUCCCACGUAGAACCACACACUAACUGGCUGUCAGGUCACCUUCUAUUGCCUUGAUGGAAAGACAGAGUCCAAACAGUAGUAGUGGCAAAAUGAAAUGACAAAGAGUGUAAACGCACACACUGACUGAGGUAAUGAGCAAGCCCUCAUUAGUAGAAUAAAUACAUACUCCAACUUACAUAAGUGUAACAUUAAAUUAUAGGACAUGGCAGCAAUAGUUCCUUUUCGAAAUUUAAACACUCAAUGUGUGUGAUGAGAAUAUUAAAAGAGUUCUGCCAAUAAAUAAGUACACUUCCUGUGUGCGCUGGCUUUGCAUAGUGUGUGCAGUGCAGUGUUGAGUCCUCCAGGUGUAGCAGCUCAGGACAGUCCCUUAUCAGUAGACCCAGCUGACUGGGACCCACUGGGGCUCCACAAAUAGUCUCUCUACUGUCUCCUGCAGCUCCUCGAAGGCCUUGUCCAGGUUGUCAUUGACAAUAAUUAGGUCAAAGAAGUGGCUGUAGGCGCGGCGGAUCCUGGCGCUCUCCUCCACCGUCUUCUUUAAGUCGUUCUCCUGUUGGAGUCACAUCGAAUAUUACCUGCCAAUCAUUAUAGUUGGAUUUGAUGCACUCACAGUUAAUAGUUUGGUUGUUAUUCCAGCAUCCACCACAGCCUUGUGCAUGUCUCUUAAGGUGUCCAGCUCAGGAGCCGCAAUGAAGACUACAAAGGGCAUAAACUCGGCAGUCUUCAGCACUUUCAAAGCCUGAAAAACACAAACAUCUGUCAAACACUGUUGUGCAGUUAUUCCCAUAGCGGGCAGGACGAACGCUCACCUGGGGGUUGACGUCCAGGAUGCAGGUGCGGCCCGCCCCCACCACCUCAUGGAUAGAGUCGAUCUUGGUGCCGUAUAGGUUGCCGUCAUAUUCGCCGUGCUCCAGGUAACGACUGUCCUUGAUAUCCUGCUCCACCAGCUGCCGCGCCACAAAACAAUAGUUCUGGCCGUCUCUUUCUUCUUCUCGGGGGCUGCGGGACGUAACUGGAAUAGAUGGCGUACAAAUAAGAACUGCAGCUGUGCUACACGUCAGUGGUUCAAAGUUAGUAAAAACAACUGUACAGUAUUAUUGCAACCUAUCAAUUAUUUCACAGAUACUAAAAACAUGAUUUAAGAAAAAUAUAUGUAAAUAAUUAUAAAAAGAUAUUGAGUGUCUCCCAAAUUAAAUUCAAUGAAUUUGAAUUGAGAUGGCAAACUGGAAGAAUUGCAACAGGUGGGGGAUUUUUCCCAACUAUCCAAAUGUGAUUUGAAGGAUUGAAAGUCAAGUGAAUAAUUUUGGCCUGCACAAAAUUCAAUAUUCCAUACACGAGUGUUUUACAUUCCAUAUAGAAAUAUUACCAUGAACUUCAUGUAGACAUUCUAAUUACAGCAAAUGUUUUUCAACAACUAAGAAUGAAAACAAAACAGAUAAUUUCAUUAGGAUUAUUUACUUCAAAAUUCUGUGGUGUGGAAUCAUUUUGAUUUAGAAUUCAAAUUUGGAAUUUUGCACAAGCUUAAAACAUUACCGUGGUAUACUGUAUUCAUUAAAGUGUGUCUCUUUGAUUUUGUGUUUCAAACAAUAAAAAAAAAAAGUGUUUUGGAAAAGACUGGUUCUCUUGCAUUUGGGUGAGUAUGGUAUAUAAAAAUAUAGAUCAUUUUCCCUUUCUUCACACCUUUUUCCAUAAAGGGUCUUCACAGCAAGUCAAUUGCAUGCAUGUUCGAUUAGGCCUACUUUUUGUUCCUGGUGCAACCUUACCAUUUAUUCACGAUAGGGACAGCACAAGUCUUGUUUCAGUUUCACAAAUUGUUAUUAAUUUUUUUAAAUACAAAGUGACAUAAUUUGCAAUAGAGUUUAAAUACAUUUUUAACGUAUUUUUAUG